CAAUCCUGAGAUCAACUGUUCAGUGUAUAAGGAGUAGCAGUUCUCCUCGGGUUUAGUAUCACAGUCCAGGGAAACUAAUCUGCAGAAGUGACCUGUUCAUCACAAUGACGCUGACUGCUCUGAUUCUCCUCUGGGCACUAUCCAGCACAGCUGGAGCACUUCAGUGCCAAACCUGCACAAAUCAGACGUGUUCAAGCACAGUAACAGUGAACUGUUCUUCAGAGACCAUGUGUGUCACAGCUACUAUUUUAGCUAAAUCCUCUGGAACUACAGCAACACAAAUCUACAAGGCGUGUGCAUCUUCCUCUCUGUGUCCAGCUACGGGCAAUCAGACAUUUUCAGUUGACCUGGGUGUUGAAAGUGUUCUUGCAUCUGCCAUGUGCUGCAACACGGAUAACUGCAACUCACAAAAUCUGCCUGCUCCUACUCCUCAGUCAAGUAACGGCCUACAAUGUAACGCUUGUGCCACCUCUAAGUGCAACACUCCAUUACACUGUCAGGGAGUGGAGGACCAAUGCUUUCAAUCAAUGAUGAGGGACGGCACCAACAGUUUCCCAGCUUACGGCUGUGCAUCUGCAAACCUGUGUGCAGCUGCUUCAAGCCUGGGUUCUCUACCUUUCAUGCAGAUGGCUGGUACCAUAACAAGUGGACCAAACUGUACUUCACGCACAACCACUGCUGCACCAACCACAACAACAAAAGCUGCUUCAACCACAACUACAGCUGCACCAACAACAACUACUGCUGCACCAACAACAACUACUCCAACUACGACCACUGUUGCCCCAACCACUACAACAACUGCACCAACCACAACAACUGCUGCACCAACCACAACAAUAGUCGUAGAUACCAGAACAACUUCUGCACCAACAUUGACAACAGCUGGAGCACUUCAGUGCCAAACCUGCACAAAUCAGACGUGUUCAAGCACAGUAACAGUGAACUGUUCUUCAGAGACCAUGUGUGUUACAGCUACUAUUUUAGCUACCUCAUCUGGAACUACAGCAACACAAUUCUACAAGGCGUGUGCAUCUUCCUCUCUGUGUCCAGCUACGGGCAAUCAGACAUUUUCAGUUAACCUGGGUGUUCAAAGUGUUCUUGCAUCUGCCACGUGCUGCAACACGGAUAACUGCAACUCACAAAAUCUGCCUGCUCCUACUCCUCAGUCAAGUAACGGCCUACUAUGUAACACUUGUGUCGCCUCUCAGUGCAACACUACAUUACAGUGUCAGGGAGUGGAGGACCAAUGCUUUCAAUCAAUGAUGAGGGACGGCACCAACAGUUUCCCAGCUUACGGCUGUGCAUCUGCAAACCUGUGUGCAGCUGCUUCAAGCCUGGGUUCUCUACCUUUCAUGCAGAUGGCUGGUACCAUAACAAGUGGACCAAACUGUACUUCACGCACAACCACUGCUGCACCAACCACAACAACAAAAGCUGCUUCAACCACAACUACAGCUGCACCAACAACAACUACUGCUGCACCAACAACAACUACUCCAACUACGACCACUGUUGCCCCAAACACUACAACAACUGCACCAACCACAACAACUGCUGCACCAACCACAACAAUAGUCGUAGAUACCAGAACAACUUCUGCACCAACAUCGACAACAGCUGGAGCACUUCAGUGCCAAACCUGCACAAAUCAGACGUGUUCAAGCACAGUAACAGUGAACUGUUCUUCAGAGACCAUGUGUGUUACAGCUACUAUUUUAGCUACCUCAUCUGGAACUACAGCAACACAAUUCUACAAGGCGUGUGCAUCUUCCUCUCUGUGUCCAGCUACGGGCAAUCAGACAUUUUCAGUUAACCUGGGUGUUCAAAGUGUUCUUGCAUCUGCCACGUGCUGCAACACGGAUAACUGCAACUCACAAAAUCUGCCUGCUCCUACUCCUCAGUCAAGUAACGGCCUACUAUGUAACACUUGUGUCGCCUCUCAGUGCAACACUACAUUACAGUGUCAGGGAGUGGAGGACCAAUGCUUUCAAUCAAUGAUGAGGGACGGCACCAACAGUUUCCCAGCUUACGGCUGUGCAUCUGCAAACCUGUGUGCAGCUGCUUCAAGCCUGGGUUCUCUACCUUUCAUGCAGAUGGCUGGUACCAUAACAAGUGGACCAAACUGUACUUCACGCACAACCACUGCUGCACCAACCACAACAACAAAAGCUGCUUCAACCACAACUACAGCUGCACCAACAACAACUACUGCUGCACCAACAACAACUACUCCAACUACGACCACUGUUGCCCCAAACACUACAACAACUGCACCAACCACAACAACUGCUGCACCUACCACAACAAUAGUCGUAGAUACCAGAACAACUUCUGCACCAACAUCGACAACAGCUGGAGCACUUCAGUGCCAAACCUGCACAAAUCAGACGUGUUCAAGCACAGUAACAGUGAACUGUUCUUCAGAGACCAUGUGUGUUACAGCUACUAUUUUAGCUACCUCAUCUGGAACUACAGCAACACAAUUCUACAAGGCGUGUGCAUCUUCCUCUCUGUGUCCAGCUACGGGCAAUCAGACAUUUUCAGUUAACCUGGGUGUUCAAAGUGUUCUUGCAUCUGCCACGUGCUGCAACACGGAUAACUGCAACUCACAAAAUCUGCCUGCUCCUACUCCUCAGUCAAGUAACGGCCUACUAUGUAACACUUGUGUCGCCUCUCAGUGCAACACUACAUUACAGUGUCAGGGAGUGGAGGACCAAUGCUUUCAAUCAACGAUGACGAACGGCACCAACAGUUUCCCAGCUUACGGCUGUGCAUCUGCAAACCUGUGUGCAGCUGCUUCAAGCCUGGGUUCUCUACCUUUCAUGCAGAUGGUUGGUACCAUAACAAGUGGACCAAACUGUACUUCAUGCACAACCACUGCUGCACCAACCACAACAACAGCUGCUCCAACCACAACAAAAGCUGCUUCAACCACAACUACUGCUGCACCAACAACAACUACUCCAACUACGACCAUUGCUGCCCCAACCACUACAACAACUGCUAAAACCGCUACAACAGCUGCUCUAACCACAACAACUGCUGCACCAACCACAACAAUAGUCGUAGAUACCAGAACAACUUCUGCACCAACAUCGACAACAGCUGGAGCACUUCAGUGCCAAAACUGCACAGAUGAGACGUGUUCAAGCACAGUAACAGUGAACUGUUCUUCAGAGACCAUGUGUGUUACAGCUACUAUUUUAGCUACCUCAUCUGGAACUACAGCAACACAAUUCUACAAGGCGUGUGCAUCUUCCUCUCUGUGUCCAGCUACGGGCAAUCAGACAUUUUCAGUUAACCUGGGUGUUCAAAGUGUUCUUGCCUCUGCCACGUGCUGCAACACGGAUAACUGCAACUCACAAAAUCUGACUGCUCCUACUCGUCAGUCAAGUAACGGCCUACUAUGUAACGUUUGUGUCGCCUCUCAGUGCAACACUACAUUACAGUGUCAGGGAGUGGAGGACCAAUGCUUUCAAUCAACGAUGACGAACGGCACCAACAGUUUCCCAGCUUACGGCUGUGCAUCUGCAAACCUGUGUGCAGCUGCUUCAAGCCUGGGUUCUCUACCUUUCAUGCAGAUGGUUGGUACCAUAACAAGUGGACCAAACUGUACUUCAUGCACAACCACUGCUGCACCAACCACAACAACAGCUGCUCCAACCACAACAAAAGCUGCUUCAACCACAACUACUGCUGCACCAACAACAACUACUCCAACUACGACCAUUGCUGCCCCAACCACUACAACAACUGCUAAAACCACUACAACAGCUGCUCUAACCACAACAACUGCUGCACCAACCACAAUAAUAGUCGUAGAUACCAGAACAACUUCUGCACCAACAUCGACAACAGCUGGAGCACUUCAGUGCCAAAACUGCACAGAUGAGACGUGUUCAAGCACAGUAACAGUGAACUGUUCUUCAGAGACCAUGUGUGUUACAGCUACUAUUUUAGCUACCUCAUCUGGAACUACAGCAACACAAAUCUACAAGGCGUGUGCAUCUUCCUCUCUGUGUCCAGCUACGGGCAAUCAGACAUUUUCAGUUAACCUGGGUGUUCAAAGUGUUCUUGCCUCUGCCACGUGCUGCAACACGGAUAACUGCAACUCACAAAAUCUGACUGCUCCUACUCGUCAGUCAAGUAACGGCCUACUAUGUAACGUUUGUGUCGCCUCUCAGUGCAACACUACAUUACAGUGUCAGGGAGUGGAGGACCAAUGCUUUCAAUCAACGAUGACGAACGGCACCAACAGUUUCCCAGCUUACGGCUGUGCAUCUGCAAACCUGUGUGCAGCUGCUUCAAGCCUGGGUUCUCUACCUUUCAUGCAGAUGGCUGGUACCAUAACAAGUGGACCAAACUGUACUUCAUGCACAACCACUGCUGCACCAACCACAACAACAGCUGCUCCAACCACAACAAAAGCUGCUUCAACCACAACUACUGCUGCACCAACAACAACUACUCCAACUACGACCAUUGCUGCCCCAACCACUACAACAACUGCUAAAACCACUACAACAGCUGCUCUAACCACAACAACUGCUGCACCAACCACAACAAUAGUCGUAGAUACCAGAACAACUUCUGCACCAACAUCGACAACAGCUGGAGCACUUCAGUGCCAAAACUGCACAGAUGAGACGUGUUCAAGCACAGUAACAGUGAACUGUUCUUCAGAGACCAUGUGUGUUACAGCUACUAUUUUAGCUACCUCAUCUGGAACUACAGCAACACAAAUCUACAAGGCGUGUGCAUCUUCCUCUCUGUGUCCAGCUACGGGCAAUCAGACAUUUUCAGUUAACCUGGGUGUUCAAAGUGUUCUUGCCUCUGCCACGUGCUGCAACACGGAUAACUGCAACUCACAAAAUCUGCCUGGUAACUACAAAUCUAUAAGUGUUUUAUUAAAGAAACACUCCUACUAA